CAUAUUCCUAUGAGACUUUAAAAAUAUAUAUAAUAAUAAUAAAGUAUUGAAACUUAAAAAAUUAUUUCAAUUUUCUGUGUCUCGACUACUAAUCCCACAAAUCAUUUCACGUGUGCUUUCACCACACAUUUUCGACAUAAAUAUAUCAACAAGUUUUUUGUGACUAUUUUACUUCGUUUUCGACACAAUUUUGCAUUUGUUUUACGAGUAGUUUUCUAGCGAUAAGAAAAAUUAGCGGUUUUUGCUAUUUUUAUCGCAAAUUAUUGAUUUAUGGCUGAAGUAGACGUCACACAAAUCAAUGUGUUUGGACCGGGACUUAAAGGUGGAGAUACCGGCAAAAAGUGCAAGAUUUAUGUGUCGGGCGCUCCCAUCCACGAGCUCGAGGAGGGCAUCUCGUACUCCAUAUCAGGGCCGGGCGUUAAACCCGAUGUCAUCACCGAUUAUAAUGCCCUCAACGAUGAUGGCAAUGUCGAGGCCUACUAUUUCCCGUUAACGCCGGGCGAGUAUAAGAUAACGGCCCGCUAUAAGGGCCGGCAGGUCAGCGGCAGUCCUUUCACGGCUAAAGUCAAUGGAGAUGUGGUUAAUGUCGAGAAGUUGUUGUCAAAUUUAAGGAUUAGUCUGGAUAAAAAGGUGACAGUUCACGGACGUGCGUUUGAAUUGGGGAAAGCCUACUCAAUGAACGAGUUUAUAGUGGACUGCAGUGGCCUUAGGAUACCGAUAGGUGGUCUCAAAGUGAACGUGAAGGGCCCCGAGAGGUCGUCCGCACAACUUAAUAUCAAGGAUAACAAGAACGGCACUUACAAGAUAUGCUACAAACCCACGUCACCCGGCAUGUACAGCAUGAACAUCAAGAUUGCCGACACACACAUACCCGGGUCACCCUUUGAGAUUAGAUCUCGCCUAAUAAUGAGCGUCUAUUUCGCGACAAUUGUAUCGUGUAUUUUAGUUGGCGUGACAUACGGCGCCCAAAGCCCGGACUGUACGGACGAGCGACGACAGAGCGCCUACAUGUGCGCUGAGAAACUGUUUUUCGCUGGAAAUAACUCACGACUUUUGCCCGAAACUGAGGCCCAACUCCAGGCUCACUGUUCAGAGAGUAAUGAGUUAAUGAAAUGCGUGAAAGACUUUACCGACAAAUGCCGACACGGCUUACACAAGUCGAUCGCCACUAUCAUGAUCUCUACCGUACGCUUCAAUACAAGGAACUACUGUUUUAGGCCGCAAAAGAGGGCCGAACUCCUGUCGAUGGCCUCCUGUGGUAACGCCAUUAGGACUGAGUCUACGGCAUGUAUGGACCCAUUCCUCUGGAGUCUCGGGAGGGCUAACCACGCUGUCAAGCGAUAUAAAGUGCCGCACGGCGCAUACUAUGAACUGAAAACAUGUAUAUUAAAGUCGGGUGAGACGUAUGGGAAAGGCAUGUGUUCGCACCGACAGAUCGACUACUUUGGCCGAUACAUGCAGGCGAUGGCUGGAAAUACAAUGAAUUUCAUGUGCGGCGACUACGACGAGGAUAGCGACCGAUGCGCUCAACUUCCGCCACUGCCUACCGGCCCUCACAUCCAAAAGGCUGCCUCACUAUUCCUAGGCUUCGGAAAACUUAUUAGAAAUUAA